AGAGAGAGAGAGAGAGAGAGAGAGAGAGAGAGAGAGGGGUUUAAGAUUAAUAUCAAACACUCAGUUUGAUCAAUGGCCUCAUGUCCAACAAUUUUUGAGGAUUAUCUUCAGUGUCCUGUGUGUCGUGAUGUCUUCAGGGAUCCCGUGCUCCUGAUGUGUUCUCACAGCUUCUGUCGACUCUGUCUGGAACAGUUCUGGCAACACACGGAGUCUCCAACAUGUCCUCUGUGCAGAACAAGUUCGUCAGUGAAUCACCCACCAUGCAAUCUCGCUCUGAAGAACCUGUGCGAGGCUUUUGUAAAGCAGAACAACCAGACAGCUUCAACCGGAGCUGAGAUCCUUUGCACACUGCAUAACAAGAAGCUCACACACUACUGCCUGGAGGAUAAACAGCCUGUGUGCGUGGAGUGCUCAGAAAUCCACAAGAAGCACUGCUUAAAACUGCUAGAUGAAGUAGCAGUGGACCUGAAGUUGGAAUUGAAAAAAAAAUUGUUACCACUGAAAGAGCAACUGAAACUUUUCAGAAAUGAAAAAGACACUUGUUUUCAAACCGAGCAGUAUGUUAAGUGUCAGGCCCACUGCACAGAGGCUCUGAUCAGGAGCGAGUUUGAGAAGAUUCACCAGUUUCUCUUGGAUGAAGAAGAAACAAGAGUGUCUGCUCUGAGGGAAGAAGAGAAGCAGAAAGUUCACAGAGCUGUUACAAAGAAAAGCCAUAUGAUCAGAGAUAUUUUAGUUCUCUCCGAGAAAGUUACAGCUGCUGAGGAAGGACUGGACGCAGACAAUAUUUCAUUUCUGCAGAACCAUAAAGAAACUGUGAAACGAACUGAGUGGGAGAUAAAGGAUCCUGGGAUCAGCUCUGCAUCAUUGAUUGAUGUGGCAAAGCAUCUCGGAAACCUGAAGUUCAGAGUGUUGGAGAAGAUGUUGAGUAUUAUCAAAUACACUCCUGUUAUCCUUGACCCCAAUACAGCUCACCCCUGUCUGCACCUGACUGAUAAUCUCACCACAAUGGAGCUUCGAAGCAGCAGCACGGAGCUUCCAGCAAACCCACUGAGAUUCAGUGACUAUUCAAGUGUCUUAGGUUCUGAGGGGUUUGAUUCAGGUAAACACUGCUGGGAUAUCGAAGUGGGAAACAGCUCAGCCUGGGCCGUCGGUGUGAUCUCUGAGUCUGCGUACAAGAACAAAGAAAUCCUUUCAAAGCAUGGUCUAUGGCAUAUAGGUUACUGGAAGGGGAAAUAUGGCCAAGGUGUGUCAGAUGAGAUGCUUACUCCUAUCACACUGAAGGAGAAACUCCAGAGGAUCCGAGUGCUGCUGGACUGGGAUCGAGGCUGUAUCUCAUUCUUCGAUCCUAUCAAUGAUACUCCUGUGUAUACAUUUCUAGAUACGUUCACUGAGCGAAUGUAUCCAUACUUCUGUAACGCCUGCCAUGAGAAAGCUCUGAGAAUUGUCCCAUUGGAACUCUCUAUAACUGAACAGUAGAGUGGCUAUAAUAUACAAGUGCACAAAUUAACUCUAAAUACAGCUGCACAUGUUAAUCAACUGUGAUGACAUUGGUGAGCUUAACCAAAGUUAAGAUAAUUGCCUUCCAGUGAACGUAAAUUUUUUUUAUUUUGAGUGUUACAUAACCAGCUCCCUUUUUUGUUUCAUACACUUUAACCGUCAUUCUGUGGUGACAUUUAUUUUGCAUUUCUUUUUACUUCAGUGUUUAACAGAAUCCACUCAAUGUGAAUAAGGAGCAAUGUGAAUAACACACUUUGGGCUCCAAAUCUGAGACCAUACUGAAAUUCUGGGAUUUUCAAACUGAAACUAAAUGCUUAGAUUAUAAUUUUGAACAUUUGAACACACUGAUGGAUUUGAUCUCGCAUGGACCAUCAGUUUUGGUACCAAAAACAAACCAAAUACUAAAAAGGUCUGUCUGUAAUUCAUGUAAAUAUUGCUAAGUUCUAGUUUUUAAACAAGUUGUUGCUGAAAUAUACAAUUUAGCAGCAACUAAGAAAAUUAUACAAGUCUCAGAUUUUUGGACACCAAAACACGUGUGUUACUUAAGAGAGUCUAGAAAAGACAUCUCAAGACUGUUUUACUCUGAAAAACAAGCCUGUGUGUUGUUUUUGUUGUUGUUUUUUGUUGUUUUUUCUUUCAGCUGCUCCCUGUUCAGGGGUCACCACAGCGGAUCAUCUGGUCUGCUUGUUUGAUUUUGGCACAGGUUUUAUACCGGAUGCCCUUCCAGACACAACCCUCACAUUUUAUCUGGGCUUGGGACCAGCACUUAGAGUUUGAAAAUCAAGCCUGUAUAUUUUUAAUAAAUAAAUUGCUAUUUAACAAA